CUCUCUGUUUCUCACUUUAAAAUCAAACACGAGUCUCCUGCUUACCACUCAGCAAGAGAUUGGAUUUAUUAGAUUGAACUUUUUAAUUGCCCAGCUCAGUGGAAGCUACUGGCUUCAACUGACUGACUUCAGACAUGAGGAAACGACUAAUACAAAUAUUGGGCUUCUUGGCUUCAUCAUUGGGAUGGGUUUUUGUGUUGUGCACCAUUGCCAUGGACUACUGGAGGAUCACCCAACUAGGAGGACAAGGAGGCUCCUUCAUCAUUAGGGUGGCCUGGUACUGGUCCAACCUGUGGAAGGAUUGUUUCACUGAUUCAACAGCUGUCACCAAUUGUCGAGACUUCCCAGUACUCUGGACUGUCACCCCUUUCGUCCAGGGAGUGCGAGGAUUGCUGAUGUGUGGGUUAACUCUUGGAUUCUUUGGUGUAGUACUUUGCUUUUUUGGGAUGGAGUGCACUUAUAUUGGUGGAGCUGAUAAAGGCAAGGACAAAAUGGUUCUUGCUGGUGCAGUAUUUCAUCUUCUUGGUGCUCUGUACACAGGUUUGACAGAUAUUGCUGGCUACUGCUUAUACAUCAACAGGAUCGCCAGAACAACUUUUGCUGCCAGUGUAGGGCCAGGUGUCUUACGGUAUGACCUAGGACCUCCCAUAUUUCUUGGAUUGGUUGGAUGUUUUCUCAUCUUGUUGGGGUCUGUGUUUUAUGCUGUGACAGUCUGCCGAGUAAUCUGCCCGGAAAGUAAAGUGGUAUAUGCCUAUCAAGGAGGUACAUACAUGGUCCCUCGCUCCAGAGGACGAACGUACACUGGUUACUACAAACCCUCCCUGCAGUACGGAUCUUAUCUAGGCUCAGGACGAUCCAGCAGCUCCAAGAUCUCAAAGCUCUCUCAAACAACUCCCACAAAAAUCUCAGAAAGAGAUGCAUUUGUGUAGUAUCUCAAAUCUAUUUUUAAUUCAUAUAAUUUAUUCCAACACAAACAAACAACCACAAAAAGAUACAGGAGGUCAAAUGAUCUUUUGUUAAUUAACAAUCAGCACAACUCAUACUGUAGGUGAAAUUCCUUCAGCCUUCUGGUUAGUGCACCAUAUACACAAUUGUAAGUUUGUGUUGUUGUUUUUCUCAUUCAAUUGUAAUGUUUUGUUUUCGUAAAAAAAAAAUGCUGUCUUGCGUUUAUGCUUCAUUCAAUAACUUUGUUUUCAUUGAAUGUAUUAAAACUGGGAAUAGCUAUGAAUGAAUAAAUAGUUUUAAAAAAACGCUUUGAAGCUAACAUUGUGUCUUUGCAAUUAUUUUCUUCAAUGAACACAAAGUGUAUACUCAAAUAUAUUUGUCAUGUCAGAUUCUAUGAUUUUUACACCCGUGUAUCUUCUUUUACUAAAAAAUAGUAUUUCUCACCAAUGUGCAAUAAAAAUCUUAAUAA